AUGCACAUCGACGACAACGACAAGGACGUGUGCAUCAAGGCGCGUCUUCUUUGGAUUGCAUCCGACACAGUCCGCGGUCUACACUUCCUACGACUCUACUUUAGUGAAUGGCAGCCGCCGGAGCCGUUCAAAGAGCAGGAACAGGCAUUCAAGCAAGCACAGCAGGACGACCCGUUCGAAGCGAAUCAGUUUCUUAUCUCUGUCUCGCUACUCAAUGUGGAUAUGGAUGACCCUAAGCCCAGGGGAGGUAGUGAUGAUCACACCAUACAAACUCAAUGUCUACCACAACUGCUGUCAAAUCCAUUCCAAACUCUACGGGCUCACUAA